AUGGCAUCUAGCACACAACCUGCAGCCAAGAGUUACUUGGCUAAAUUUGAAAAAAUGUUAAAUGAAAAGAACGCCGUUACUGAUUUGUUGGCUAAAGUAGAAGCAAAGACCGGCGUGCAGAGGUUAUAUAUUGCUUAUGGCAUCAUUGGCUUCCUCAGCCUUUAUCUGAUGGUUGGAUAUGGAGGCGACUUCCUUUGCAACCUCAUUGGCUUCUGCUAUCCUGCUUACAAAUCGAUUAAAGCCAUUGAAUCUUCACGCAAGGAUGAUGACACUCAGUGGCUCAUGUAUUGGGUUGUCUACAGUGUUUUCAGCUUGCUUGAAUUCUUUGCUGACUUGCUCCUCUUCUGGAUUCCAUUCUACUGGUUCUUCAAGUGCAUCUUCCUGUUGUGGUGCAUGAUGCCAAUCCCUCAUAAUGGUGCUGAUAUGAUUUACAAUCGUCUUAUCAAGGUGUUUUUCCUAAAGCACGAGUCUGAAAUUGAUGAUGCCAUCAAUUCUCUUGGCCAGAAGAUGGAUGAGGCCAAGAAAACUGUGACCAAAGCUGCCACAGAUGCUGCUGCUGAUUUUGUCUCUGACAGCAUGAAGGGCGGGAAAGCAGAGUAA